AGGGUGAUCAAACCUCCACAGAGUCUCUGAGUUCUGUCUGUAACGCUGGAGAACAGCAGAUGCUGCAGACACCAGUGAAGAUUGAAGUGAAGCAGGAGGAGAUAAAAGAAGAAAUCACAACAGAGGAACAACAGAGAGAAGAUGAUGAUGAUGAUGAACAGCAGAUGCUGCAGACAUCAGUGAAGAUGUGUUCAGUGAAGCUGCUGGACUGCAGGAUCCUGAUGAAGAUGAGAAAGAAGAUUGAAGUGAAGCAGGAGGAGAUAAAAGAAGAAAACACAGCAGAGCAACAACAGAGAGAUGAAGAUAAUCAUGAUUUUAUUCCUUCAGAGCUGAAUGAAGUGGAGGAGAAACUUCAUGAUUUCACAACUGGAGAAAAAUCUCUGAGUGGCUCAAAAACUAACAAGAAUUUCUCACCAGAAAAGCCUCAAAGAAGAGCAGCCAAAAACACUUUCACCUGCUCUCAGUGUGGAAAGAGUUUUGCAAGUAUAUACUAUUUCAAGGAUCAUCUCCGCUAUCACUCUGGAGAAAGACCAUUUGAAUGUGAUCAGUGUGGUAAAACAUUUGUUUUGGAUUCAGCCCUAAAAAACAUUUGAAAACUCACACAAAUGAGAAGCCUUACAAGUGUUGUUUUUGUGGAGAGAGUUUCGCACACCUGAACUAUUUUAAAGAGCACCAGAAAUCGCAUUCUGGUGAGGGGGCUCAUAUGUGCUUUGAAUGUGGGAAGAGCUUUACGACAGCCGGCAACUUGAAACAGCACCAAAGAAUUCAUACUGGAGAGAAACCUUUCAAGUGUUCAUGCUGUGGAAAGAGAUUCACUCAGUCAGGAAACCUGAAAAUACAUGAGAGAAUCCAUACUGGACUAAACCCUUACAAGUGCUCACAGUGUGGGAAGAGUUUCACUCUGUCAUACAACUUGAAAAUACACGAGAGAAUUCAUACUAGAGAAAAACCUUUCAAGUGUUCACGCUGCGGAAAGAGUUUCACUCAGUCAGAAAGCCUGAAAACUCACAAGAGAAUUCAUACUGGAGAAAAACCAUACAUUUGCUCACACUGUGGAAAGAGUUUCACUCAGUCAUACAGCUUGAAAACACACCAGAGAAUUCAUACUAGAGAAAAACCUUACAAGUGUUCACACUGUGGAAAGAGUUUCAAUGGGUCACCAAACCUAAAACAACACGAGAGAAUUCAUACUGGAGAAAAACCAUACAAGUGUUCACACUGUGGAAAAAGUUUUACUCAGUCAGAACACCUGAAAAAACACGAGAGAAUCCACACUGGAGAAAAACCUUACAAGUGUUCACACUGUGGAAAGAGUUUCACUUGGUUAUACAGCUUGAAAACACAUGAGAGAAUCCAUACUGGAGAGGAACCAUACCACUGCUCGUCAUGUGGGAAAAGUUUCAGAGCAUCAAGUGGUCUAUGGAAACAUGUAAAAAAGUAUUGCCCAGGUAGUCACAGUGAGCAAAAAUCAACUUUAGAUCCAACAAGAAUCAUGAGAGAGCAGGUGGAUGUGAUCUGCUGUAAAUCAGUAGGAACUGAUCUGUCCAUGCUGGAUAUUGAUGAUUUCAUCACAGAAAUCUCUCAGCUGAAGAAAGAGGUGACGUCACUGAAGACAAAACUGAUGGAGAGAGAACUGUAUUCAUCCUGCACCUGUUUUGAGCGAGUUAAAGUUGAGAUUGAGCUGGAAAAGGUUUCCUGUCAAUCUUCAGUGUGUGUGACUGAUGGGACCUCCACAGAAUGUCAGGAUUCAGUGUGGAGCGGCAGAGAUCAGUCCACACCACAGCAGCUGCUGGACAAACUCUCUGAACAGAGAUCCAGAGACACACAGGACUCACAGCUCACUUUACUCUGUUCUACUGAUGCUCAGGAGAGUGUGUGUGACAGUAAUCAGGGUGAUCAAACCUCCACAGAGUCUCUGACUUCUGUCUGUAACGCUGGAGAACAGCAGAUGCUGCAGACACCAGUGAAGAUUGAAGUGAAGCAGGAGGAGAUAAAAGAAGAAAACACAACAGAGGAACAACAGAGAGAUGAAGAUGAUUUUAUUCCUUCAGAGCUGAAUGAAGUGGAGGAGAAUCUUCAUGAUUUCACAACUGGAGAAAAAUCUCUGAGUGGCUCAAAAACUAACAAGAAUUUCUCACAAGAAAAGCCUCAAAGAAGAGCAGCCAAAAAUACUUUCACCUGCUCUCAGUGUGGAAAGAGUUUCAUAUAUAAAUGCAAGCUUAAUACACAUAUGAGAAUUCAUACUGGAGAGAAGCCUUACACGUGCCAUCAGUGUGGAAAGAGUUUUGCAAGUGUAUACUAUUUCAAGGAUCAUCUCCGCUAUCACUCUGGAGAAAGACCAUUUGAAUGUGAUCAGUGUGGUAAAACAUUUGUUUUGGAUUCAGCCCUAAAAAAACAUUUGAAAACUCACACAAAUGAGAAGCCUUACAAGUGUUGUUUCUGUGGAAAAGGUUUUGCACACCUGAACUAUUUUAAAGAGCACCAGAAAUCGCAUUCUGGUGUUGGGGAUCAUAUGUGCUUUGAAUGUGGGAAGAUCUUUACGACAGCCGGCAACUUGAAACAGCACCAAAGAAUUCAUACUGGAGAAAAACCUUUCAAGUGUUCAUGCUGUGGAAAGAGUUUCACUCAGUCCGAACACCUGAAAAAACACGAGAGAAUUCAUACGGGAGAAAAACCUUACAAGUGCUUACAGUGUGGAAAGAGUUUCACUCAGUCAUACAGUUUGAAAACACACGAGAGAAUUCAUACUAGAGAAAAACCUUACAUGUGCUCACACUGUGGAAAGAGUUUCAAUGGGUCACAAAACCUAAAACAACACGAGAGAAUUCAUACUGGAGAAAAACCAUACAAGUGUUCACACUGUGGAAAGAGUUUCACUCAGUCAGACAAUUUGAAAAUACAUGAGAGAAUUCAUACUGGAGAGGAACCAUAUCACUGCUCUUCAUGUGGGAAAAGUUUCAGAGCAGCAAGUAAUCUACAUAGACAUGUAAAAAAGUAUUGCCCAGGUAGUAUCAGUGAACAAAAAUCAUCUUCAGGUCCAACAAGAUCUUGAAAAUUGUUGGAAAUUCAGAUGAACUUAAAGACCCAUAUAGCACAUGUAGAGUACAUUACCCAGAUGUCUUGCUUAUAUCUGGAAGACAUGUUUUUUAGGUUGUUUGGUCGUCUGCAAUACGUCUGUAAGGCAUUUCUAAUUGGAUGUCAAUAAGACAUUCAGCAUUUGUCUUUUGAGAUGUUUAUCAGUUAAUGUUACAUAAACAAUCUGAUGUAAUUGGUUGAAUUUUUGUUGCAUACCUGACCAGAGAUGGAGGUGUCCGUUGAUGUUCUCUCCAGUUUGGGUUCGGUCCCAUUAGUUGCCAUCAAUUCCAUGACAGCUCCAUUUCCACCAGCGCUAUACUGUAUGCUAAAAACACAAGUUUUAUUUAUAUAGCAUCUUUUCAAAGCUCAAGAAUCUUUAACAAACAUUAUUUCCUGCUUAUCUGCUGUCCAACGAGAUUCUGUCAGAAAUCAUUGUCAGUAAACAUUAGAGCGAGUGCACUAUUGAGGAUGAUCGCAUGUUCCAGUUUUUAGGAAUGCUUUUUCCUUCGUUUUACUCUGUUAAUACACAGGAAAGACUCGGCACAUGUCACAAAUCAGACCAUGUCACCUUCAUGAGGGCUUGUGUAUGCCAUCAGACAGAAACACACAAAGGUAAAAGUUCCCACACUAGCUAAAUAGGAAAAUUAUUGACAAAUCAUAAUAUCAGUAUUAUAUGAAAAUAGUACAGCUUUGGAUAGAAUUAAGAGACCCCUCCAUAUGUUUCUGAAAUCAGCAUCUCUACAUAUAUGGCAGCCAUUCUAUUCCAGUGUGUGUUGAAUUAUUAUUUUUUUUUUUUUAAUGUUUUUUCUUUUCUUUUUUUGACUAUUGUCAAGCGUCAAAUAAAGAGACAAUUACAGUAUACAAGAGGAACUAAGUAUUUGACCAAAAAAUAGACAUUCAAAUAUGGUUAUUUAAUACAUAGGACCAUUUUUCUUGAUGAUCAUGAUAUAAGAUUUUGGUCAUAUCACCCACCCCUACUCAUUGUAAAAUUUGAGCGAGUAUAUUCCCCACAUGGAGGUAAAUAAGACAAUGUCACAUUCCGACAGCUACACUGCAAUUUGUACAUGGCACAAGCACUUAAAUGAUGUCCAAUGUAUUUCAUUUUUAUCAAAAUACACAAUGAUGACUCAGUUUUAUCUUCUGUUAAUGCCUGAUCUUCUGUAA